AUGCCUUGGCCCCGGUUCAAACCUCCUUCUGUUGAACAAAUUCAGCAUUGUCUACACCAAAACCAUGCAAAAUUUCACCAGAAAGGCCGAGAAAAAGGGACUUGCAACCCAAAUCUUUGUGCUUCUUUCGCUGCACGAACGGUGGAACAUGUUAUUUCAAUGUUUCGAUCGCCGUUCUGUGUAUGGCUUCGAAUUGCCGGUAAGCUUGGGGAAGCGAUGUACUUCUAUCGACCGAACAUGAAAGAUGUGGAUCAGAGUGAAUUUGAUCUUUCUUUUGUUAAAAUUCUGAGGCCUGGGACAUGCCUCCAGACCUGUUUGUUGUGGAAACUUCUAUCGCAAUGUUGUCGACUUAAAUAG